AUGGUCUACUACUUCACCUCCACGGUCGUCGACCCCUCCGCCUUCAUCUACGUCGGCAAGGACAAGUUUGAGAAUGAGGAGCUGAUCAAGUACGGCUGGGAGGAGGACUUCCACGUCGACAAGCUCUCCUCCGCACACAUCUACCUCCGCCUCCCAGACCCCCACCCGUCCACCACCCCCGCCAUGACCUGGGACGCCAUCCCAGAACCCCUCCUCACCGACCUCGCGCAGCUGACCAAGGCCAACUCCAUCGAGGGCAACAAGAAGGACAACAUCACCAUCAUCUACACGCCGUGGUCGAACCUCAAGAAGGACGGAUCCAUGGCCGUCGGGCAGGUCUCCUUCAAGGACCCGCGCAAGGUGAAGCGCGUCCUCGUUGCGCAGCGCGAGAACCCCGUCGUCAACCGCCUCAACAAGACCAAGGUCGAGAAGAAGCCCGAUCUGCAGCAGGAGCGCGAGGAUCGGCUCAAGGAGCUGCGGAAGCGCGACCAGGCGGCGAGUCUGGUGAGGAAGAAGGAGGAGGCGCGGGUGAUGCAGGAGAGGAAGGAGAAGAAGUGGCAGAAGGACCAUGCGUAUGACGAUAUCUUCUCCGAGGAGAAUAUGGAGGGGUCGAGUAACCAGAAUCGUUCCGAGGAUUGGGAGGAUGAUUUCAUGUGA